ACGUCACUUUAAUCAAAUCGAGAUUGCUCACAAAGGCUACACUCUUGAUCAUAAAACAAUGGAAGGCAUGCGCACUUGUUACUUGUGUGACAUUCAUAGUGGAGUUCCACAGAACUUGUUUACCCUGACGGUGCUUCUUUGGAAAUGGUUGAACCUGCACGCAACGUCACCGUCAGGAAUGCUUUAAGAGCUCCCCGAGCGAGGCAAUCCUCAGUCAACCCAGCAGGAAAGCAGUCAAUCCUACCAAUCCUCAAAGUUGUCUGGCUUAUAGAGACUCUGUGCUACAUCCUCUCUCCACCAUUCAGCCACCAUGUUCAUCACCGAAGAGCUCGAGUGUGUCGUGUGCUGCUACGAUUACUCCCGCAGCGACCGGGUCCCGCGGGUCCUCCACUGCAGCCACACCUUCUGCGCCCCCUGCCUGGAGAAAAUGUCCAAACUGGAUGGGGGCAUCCGCUGCGUCUCCUGCCCUCUGUGCCGCUGGAUUACCUGCACCCCGGUCAGCCUGACCCUGUCCGGGGCCCUGUGGGUCAACACGGAGAUCUGGGACCAUAUUCCAGAGGAGCAGCAGUGGGGGAAGCAAGACGCUGUGGAGGAUUUAAACAUCACAAAGACCCAGCUCAUUAAGACAACACUCCCUGAUUCAAGACGCUCUGGUUUCAUGUCUAAACUCCAAAAAAUGUUCAGCUGUGGGCUGCUGCAAGGAAGAGAGAUGGACGCCUGCUGACAGUUUAACAGCAGAGGAGAUGGAGACGUUUAACUUGACCGACCAAUGUGCGUCUACAGCGCAGGACGCCAUGCAGUUUGCAGGACCACAGCUAACUUGCUAACAGACAGAACUCUCAGGCGGCCUGCGCCUCGGCCCCUGCUUGACACUCGCGAGGAGCCAUGGACCUGAAGAGCUUUGUGUGAGGUUUUGUUUAUUCACUUUUAGGUGAUAUAUUUUUUUUUUUUAAGGAAAAGAUUGAAAACAAUCAUCUCAAGGCUCUUUAUCAUAAUUGAUGAGAGCCUCAUGCUGAACUCUGAAGUGGUUUUAAAACUGGAAGGUUUGAUCUGUGAAUUUGUUAAGUUUAAGAGUAAUUGUGAAAUAUCAACAAAUCAAUAUUCAAUCAAUCCUGGUUUGUUUCCCAAAGCUGACUUGUAUAACCAGCUAGAGUGUGUUUUAAGUGUGAAGAGCUUAUUCUGAUUCAAAGGAUAUUUAUAGUAUGAGGGAUGAACCGAUACGGUAUCUCAUACCGUUGUUGAAUUAAUAAUAAACUGUAUACCUUCCACCUUCUACCUUCCUUCCACCAUGUGGAAGAGACUAAAGGCACCAGACAUUCCUAACUAAACAUCACUUUCCUAACU